CGGGGGCGGCUCCGGCGUGGCCAAGGCUCGCGGGCCCGGGCGCGGCCGCCCAGCUGUCGCCGGAGCCUAGCGGAGCGAGCGCGCCAUGGCCGGCCUCAACUCGCUGGAGGCGGUGAAACGCAAGAUCCAGGCCUUGCAGCAGCAGGCGGACGACGCGGAGGACCGCGCGCAGGGCCUGCAGCGCGAGCUGGACGGCGAGCGCGAGCGGCGCGAGAAAGCUGAGGGAGAUGUGGCUGCUCUCAACCGCCGCAUCCAGCUAGUGGAAGAGGAGCUAGACCGGGCUCAGGAGCGACUGGCCACGGCCCUGCAGAAGCUGGAGGAGGCAGAGAAGGCUGCAGAUGAGAGCGAAAGAGGCAUGAAGGUGAUAGAGAACAGAGCCAUGAAAGACGAAGAGAAGAUGGAGAUCCAGGAAAUGCAGCUCAAGGAAGCCAAACACAUCGCCGAGGAGGCUGACCGCAAAUACGAGGAGGUAGCACGGAAGCUGGUCAUCCUGGAGGGCGAGCUGGAGAGAGCGGAGGAGCGGGCGGAGGUCUCUGAACUAAAGUGUGGCGACCUGGAAGAGGAGCUCAAGAAUGUCACUAACAACCUGAAGUCACUGGAGGCUGCCUCUGAAAAGUAUUCUGAGAAGGAGGAUAAAUAUGAAGAAGAAAUUAAGCUUUUGUCUGACAAGCUGAAGGAGGCUGAGACCAGAGCUGAGUUUGCAGAGCGGACAGUUUCUAAACUGGAGAAGACAAUCGAUGACCUGGAAGAAAAACUUGCCCAGGCCAAAGAAGAGAACGUGGGCUUACAUCAGACCCUGGAUCAGACACUAAAUGAACUUAACUGUAUAUAAACUAAGCCAGAAGAGUCCCGUUCUGACACCGACUGGACUCCAGAGAGUGCUGUGUCUUCCUCUCUUAUAAGAAGUUCCUCUUAUUGUGUCUCCACCUUGCUGGAAAUGCCAAGCAGAUAAUGAAUUUGUGACCAAAUACUUUGUAUCAGAAAAGCUUUGAGCACCAGUUAAGUUUAAUUUCUGUCUUUUCUUUUCAAAUGGCACCAGCUUCUUCAGCUAUUCUUAUUCUAAAUUGCAUUUAUCCCUAAAAUAGCAGGGAAUUUUGCAGUGAGUGUAGUUGCUUAAGGCUGAGGGCAUUGGUUCCUGGGAAUUAGUCAGCCCCACACUCUGAAGCACAGGCUCAAGUAUCUGAUUGUAUCUGGUUACUGUUGGGGAAGUUAUGUGAGGCUGGAGGUUGUCACAAGAAAAAGUGUAGGAAUUUUCCACCUAGAGCGAAAAUUAAAAGCAACUAGAUUGGCCUGAUCAUGCUGUGUCUGCUCCACUGUGCAGAACAAGUUUCCUGUAAGCAUUCUGGGCAAGGGUGCUGAGAUAAUGGUUGCUGCCCACGUGUCUUCUGACAGAUCUUUAGUGCUGUUUUACUCACAUUUUUCCUUUCACUCUAAAAUUGUUCUCUAAGGAGCAAGUGUCUUAUUCCAGGACUUGUCUGCUGUGGUGUAACGACAUGCUCAGGAGGGAAUAUGGUGGAGUCCAAUCUUUUUCCGAUCAGUCAUGUCAAAAAGACUGCUAUCAAAGCCAGGAACAUCUUAAUUCUAGCACUUGGGAGGCAGGUGCAGGUGGGUCUUGAGUUUGAGGACAGCCUGGUCUGCAGAGUAAGGUUCAGGACAGCCACAGCUACUCAGUGAAACCCUGUCUCAAAUAGCCUUUGAACAGUCUGUUUUAAUAACAAAUGUUGGGCAUCAAAAGGUCUCUUUAGCAGCAAAGUAAUGAUAGAUAAAGAAAUUGGCUUAACUUCAUCUCCAUUGUUCAAAGAACAACAAAUGAAAGCUUGCUUGACUUUGCCAAGACUUGAAUUCCUUCAGGAAUGACACUAAGACCAAAAAAACUCCUGAUUGAACUGGAUAUGGGAGUAUUCUGUAGGCUGCACACUUCUUUUUGGCUUUAUUGUAGUUUUGCUUUCUCAGUUAACAUCUCACAUUGAAACAUUCCACAUUCCCCAGCAGCGUGGAGCCAGCUCCAGUUUACAGUCCUGACUGAAAACCGCCUGCUUCUAGCUUCUCUGAGCCCCUGCCCUCACUACUAUUUAUGAAGCACCACACUACCAGGGAGGUGACUUUUAGCAAACUGUGCAAUUGAAUAAAACCUACUCUGUUCUUUAGAUUCUUGCAAUUGUAUCAUAUGUGAUAGUAUCACUUUUUCUACGUUUUGGUCAAAUAAAUUUUUACAUAAACAAUA